GCUGUUAUGAAAAGCUGUCUGUCAUUCAGCGGCUGUCGGAUCACAGAAUUAUAAUUAAAAAGAUUUACUUGGAAUAUUCGUGUUGUUUAACAUGUCUAAGCGAGAGGCUUUUCUAGAGUCCUGCUGUAAGGAGAAGGUGGAGGAUUUCCUUCGCUUUAUUCAGCUUCAUAGGAACAACACGGAGCCCUUCGAUGUGGAGGAAGUGGUGCAGGAGAUGCACAGAGAGCAGAGGCAGUCGCUGUGGGGGAAACUGUCCUCCCUCCUCCAGGACGUCCUGCAGGAGGUUCCUCCAGAGCGCUGGGAGGAAGGGAGAGAGGAGGCCAUGGAGGUGGAGGCAGCUCCAGACCCUAAGCAUGUGAUGUAUGUAGUGAACGGCGUGACUCUGGUGGCGUCUGAGUCCUUAAAGAUCCUGCAGGACGGAGACACCUACAGCUCUCUUCUGGAGAUCGUCCACAGGCUGCACGAUGUGUUGCUGCUGCAGCCGCUCUCUGAGGCUCCACUGCAGGUGCACAUCCACAGACUGUGUGAGGCCUGGUGGAGGAAAGACCUGAAGGAGAAGGAGGCGUUCGGUCGCACUGCUUUACUCAUCGCUCUGCAGAAGAGCUUCGAUCUGAAGAAGCGGGCUGUUGAGAUCCAAAGGGUGUGGAUUCUCCGGGAGGUUCUCUUGGGUCUGGACCACACGUCAGAGGACAACAAGCAGAUGAUGGACCUGUUGCUGCAGUGCUUCCACCACCCUACUUUCCUCAGGAACGAUGAUGGAAAACGCUUCCUGGUGUUUCUCUUCAGCUGGAACAUCAACCUCAUCUGGGUCAUCCAUGGCACCAUCAAGAACGAGCUGGAGUUUUACAGCAAGACGGUUACCGCUCAUAUCGCAGAGAUCUACUUCAGAGCGUGGAAGAAAGCCGACGGUGAAUUCCUGGAGAAGAUCGAGAGCUCCUGCAUUCAGGAUUUAAUGCAGAACGCCAUCUUCCUCCACAGAUCCUCUCCUGUCUACACCAAAGUCCGAAAGAUUGUGAGCUACUUCCACUCGAGGAAAGGCUGUGAGAAGGUGGACAAGAUGCUCUCCAGUCUCUACAAACCCAUUCUCUGGAAAGCUCUGAAUGCUGCAAACUUUGAGGUGAGAGCAAACGCCACGCUGCUCUUCACCGAGGCAUUCCCGGUGCAUGACCUGGAAAACGGCAACAAGAACACAGACGAGGCCAUCCAGAAGCAGCUGGACACGGCCAUGGCGCUCCUGGAUGACCCUCACCCCACGGUUCGCUCCAACGCCACCCUGGGAGUGUGUAAGAUCCUGGCUAAGUGCUGGGAGCUGCUUCCUGCCGCCAUCAUCACCGACUUCCUGAAGAAGCUGGUGAUGGAGCUGGCCGUCGACUGCAGCUCGCCUGAUGUCCGCUGCUCCGUCUUCAAGUGUCUCAUUAUCGUCCUGGACAACAAUCUCAGCCAUCCCAUCCUGGAGAAGCUCCUCCCAACUCUGAAAUACAGUCUGCACGACAACUCGGAGAAAGUCCGCAUAGCUUUCCUGGACAUGCUCAUUAAAGUCAAGGCUGUGCGAGCGGCUAAGUUCUGGUCCGUGUGCAGCAUGGAGCACCUGCUGGCCCGCCUCGCCAUCGACUCGGUCUCCGUGUGUAAGCGCAUCGUGCACCUGCUCUUCAAGUCCUUCUUCCCCGUCAACGAGUUGGACAAAGAGUGGUGCGGCCGCUGCAUCACGCUCAUCCAGAUGAACCCGGCCGCCGCCAGGAAGUUCUACCAGCACUCACACAAACACACCGCGCCCACCAACAUCAUAAAGCUGAUGUUAACUAUCCGCCGUGUUCUGAACAGCUGCAUCCAGACUGAGUGUGACCUGUCCGAAGUCAACGACAGCAACAAGGAGAACAGCGCACUAGCGGAGCCUCUGCUGGGGAAGGACCAGGCAGUGGUGUCCGGUCUGCUGGAGGUGGUGGUGAUCCUGUGGAGGAGCGUGCAGAAAUCCCUGAAACAAAACGAGGAGGCCCAGAAGUACAUUUACGCCAAGUUUGGGAAUGUCGUCUCCAAGUAUUUCCACGCCUUUGAGGACGAGCGAUGCACCGUUCCUCUCAUACAAAUGGCCUCCUUGAUGCCCCCUGCUGCAGUCCCAACCUUCAGCUGUGGCGUUUUAUCCAGACUGAGGAGGAUGGAGUCUGGAGCGGCGCCCGCACACUUCAGCCAGCUGUUGGACUGCAUGUGCAGCUGGGGCCAGGCUGCAGACGUCCUGGAACUCAUCACCGACUGGCUCUCUGAGGCGCUGCCAAAGCAAAAGGACAAAGGGGCCGUGAAGAGGAAGGUGCAGAUCAUGGAGACGGUGGAGGCUAAACCGGACCUGGCGCUGGACUAUCUGGAGUAUCUGUUCAGCCACUCUUCAACCCGGGAGAACGUUCUGUCUCUGGAUCAGUGGAAGCUGACGCAGCUCCACACGGUGCUGGCGAACUGGAGGUCGGUGCUGUACUCUCACCUCAGUGCCGCCACAGACUGUAAGAGUCCCGGAGUGGAGAUCGCUCUCAAAGUUUUCACGUACCACGGACGACUCGGCGCGCAUCUGCAGCAAAAUACCUCCGAGGGUCGAGACUACCUGCUGUCUCUGGAGCACGUUGCAGCCUGGGUCGCUGAGAGGGUGCUGCCCUUCCUCACUAAACCCACCAAGGAUGCUGAGGAGGAAGAGGAGGAGAGGUCUCCCCCGCUGGCGGCACAGAUUACCGAGAGCUUCCUGACCGUGUGCCGGGACGUUUUACUUGUGGGUCUGGGCGACGAGGCGUUCAAAGGUCAAAUCCUCCAUUUGUGCUCGCUCACCCUCCUCUCAGAGGCGGGCUACUACAUCCCUGCCGUGCUGCUGAUUUUAAAGGAGGUGGCAGACAGCUACUCACCUGAAGACAAACAAGAGGAGGAGGAAGAGGGAAAGGAGGAAGAUACAACCGCUGUGGUUCUGGGUGUGGUGGCCAACAUCUUCCAGAAGAUCAUCGAACUGCUGGCCCGCCGACUCAGGAAGAAACCGGAGGAGGGGCAACAGCUUUGUCACUCAGCCCUCCCCGGCCUCACACACUUCCUCCAGGUGGCUCAGACGUGGGAUAAACCCCCCCUCAGCGGCGUGUUCUCCACCCUCUUGGCCGUCAUCAUCGUGGAGAAGACGCACCUGCUGCAGAAGGUUAACCAUCCUGAGGAGGUGAUCACCCCGGAGUCAGUGGAGGAAAUGCCUCCUCUGUCCAGCGUCCUGCUCUCCGUCAUCCUCAGAUUACCUUCUCUCACCAGCUCAUUUUUGGCAGAAGUCAGCUCCUCCUUUGAGUCUGAGGAAGUCAUCAGCAGUCUGAAUGAACUGGCGGCUGUCCUGCACAUCCUAUCUGUCAUCAGACACACCGGUCAGUGUAAAGCCAGUCUGAAGUUUGUAGCCACUUGUCUGCAGCAGCAGCUCCACACACAUGCAGUCACGUCCACAGACAUCCAGAGGGUCAUCUAUGAAUCUUCUGUGAAGACCUUGAAUGAGAUCCUGGAUUUAUGAGUGGAUGUGAAAUGUAAUCCCUGCGUCAGGUUUGUAUUUGUGGAGCAGAGGAUAAUCAGAAAGAGACGUUUAAUGUUCCUUACGCCUCCACGAGACCUGAACGUGUUGCUCUCUUUGCUCCACUUUUUUAAACAGUGUUUUUAUGAAUUGCAAAUACUUUUCACUCUGUUUUCUGUCAGCUGCAGCACACUUCUGAUCAGAAUAAAACGUGUAUUAUUGACAAUAACUCAAUGGUUAUUUCUUUGCCAAUUAUUCCUCCUGUGUAGUCAUUUUAGGAAUUUGCAUGUUGGCUUGCUUAUUAUUUGCCUUUCUGUUUGAUUCACAGAAACUCAAGAUUUAGUUAAAUAUAUAUAUUUCUGAUGGACAUUAUUAUCUCUAUUUUGGACAAUUCUUUUCAAAUAAAUAAGCAAUCUGUCCAAUCCAAAUGAUCUCCAGUCCCUUGAAUCUUCAAACUCAGCUCACAGAGAGUACAAAUAUGGUAAUUUCCUGCUUAAAACUUUCAAAUUUGAUCCUGAAAAUGUCAUAAAUGGACUCAGCAUCCUCGAUAACCCCCAUCCUGUAUCAUCCAAUAGUUGUGAAGACGUUUCUGUCAAAUCCACAAAUUUCAACCUGAUCUUGGAGUGAACUGAAAGGUCAGAGGGUCACCAAACAGAGGAGGGUGCAUCCUCUAGGAACCAUGCAUUUGUACACAAUUUAAUGACAAUCAAUUAAAGAGGUGUUUAGAUAUUUCAGUCUGAACCUUAAAAAAUGUCUCUAAAAAUUCAUAUUAUUUUGUAAAUUUUUGUUUAUUUAUUUCCAUUUCAACCGGAGAUGACCUGAACCUCUCGUUCCAGAGUGCUGUUCCUCUGAGUCAGCUGUGGUUCUUCUCUCUCUGCCGGCUCAUCUUGGCUCUCAGGCUCUCCUGCUGAGUGGCCUUCUUCAGCAGCUUCUGCACGUUGCCUCCAGCUCCUUGUUUUUAUCGAUCAUGGAUUUGAUCUCAACUUUGGCCGUUUUGAGUUGGUCUUUCAUGUCGUCGUAGCUCUGGCAUUUCUGGCCCAGCAGAGAGAUCUCCUGUCGCAUGAUGCUGUUGCUCUGCUCCAGGUCUUCUCUCUGCCUGUGCAGCCUGCAGUUUCUCUCUAAGGAUCGCCGGGUCUUUUGUGUUCCUGUGUAAAUCUUGCGGCACACUCUGAAGGUGUUUGUUGACCUCAGUCAAUGCCCUUCUCUGACCUCUCUUUGACUUCAAUCUGUUCAUCAAGUCUUCACUCUGAGCAGCCUCAUCGUUGACUUCAUCAAUUUGGGAAAACAAGACUCUUAUUACUUUCCCUGAUCGCCUCUGCCUCCUCACUCACUGAAGCUGGCUCUGGAGACUUGUCGGUCCCUGAGUUCCCUCAGUGUCGGUGGCCGGAGUUCAGGUUCCCCACGCGCACCCAAGAGAGGGCAGUGUUUCUCCAAACCAUCCUGACUUUGGUCUACAAACUACAACGGUGUUGCACUGCAGAAGAGGACGAUGAACGUGGAGGGGAUGAUACACUAGCGUAGGUGAGCUGAGGACUGAAUGCUAUUCAAUGUGAGGUCUGUCUGUCUGAUACAAAGCACUGACUGACUGAGAGUCCUGUCCUCUCCGGCUGACCUUGGCUUCCGUCUCCCGGUGAUGUCGUCGCAUUCCGAGAGGUAACGUUCCGAUGAUGUCACGGUGACAUCAUGUUCCAAGCUCCGCCCGGGAUGUGGAGGCUCGGAUUGUGUUGGCAUGGCGACACACUGCCACUCAGUCCCAAGAGAUGAUUGACAGGUAUUCUUAAAAUGGGAUACGCCACUGAAAAUGAUGGGAUGUGGAGAAAGAGAAACGAUAGGUAAAUUACACUGGAAGUUUACAAUGAAUUGAUGAUUCAGUUUAUUCAUUUAAAUAUUCCCAUAAAGUAAAAAAAUGAAGACCUUUUUGAACAUCACAGCAUUUAGUAAAUGUUGAGUGUGAAAUAUGUUGCCCGUUCUUUUUUUAUUUGUCACGUUAUUGGCUCGGUUGGACUAUUAUAACAUAUUUGAUAUUAAGUUAUUCAACUCUUUCCCAUGACUACAUUUGUGCUCUAUGUUUCCAUGUGUUUCUCUAAAUUUAAAACAGUACUCUCUUUUUCAUAAGUCAAGCUCAUGAGGUGUUUAAAUCCUCUAUUUUUUCCUGUGUUGCCUUCAUGUUUCUGUGCAGUAAUAAUUCAGUCUGUUCCCUGAACGCAUCAGUUCUACAAUAAUAAUACUCCACCACAAAAGGACUAUAACAUGUUAUUGUAUUUAAAUGUUUCCUGAAAAUGAAAGAUAAUCAAUGUGAA